AUGUCAGAUUCAAACAACACCCCAAAAGAAGCUGCUGCAGGUAGUUCAGGGCCCAGAUUCGACAGCUACACCCCACGCGCCGUCACCCCAUGGGGAGAUACACUUUCAUACGCCAAGAACAGUCCAGUCUUCAAUCCCGAUGACUCUGGCACGGAUGGAACAAAUGGGACGAAUGGAACGAAUGGCACGAAUGCAAACAAUGCGACAAAUCCGACUGUUGCCCCAAAUGAUACAGCUGGGGGGGACACGACUGACUCGGAUGGUGUUGGUGCUACGGCCAAUUUGGGCAUAGACCCUCAGAGAAUGCCUGCUGAUACCCGCCGGUUCGACAAGAUUAUUCCCCUUCUCAUUCAGCCAGAGAGCGCGGUUUCAGAAAGAUUCCCACUUCUUCAUCGAGUGAUUGCGGGCCGACUGAAGACAAGCCUGGAUCUGAGGGGAGGACGACAGGUCUCCCGGUGUUCUCACAAGUACGGCCUAGGCGCGGUCGCUCUGAACCAGACCAAGAAACACAGACCUGACAGCCAUACCUUCCAAACGAAGGUUGCCAGGUCCAUAGAACGAUCAAGGGGUGGGCGCGCAACUGUCAACGCACGACUCCAGGGUAUGUGCCACAAGCUUCGUCGGAAGGUGAGACUAUCUGGUUGCAUUGGUUCUGGAGGCUUCGGCACCGUGUUCCUUGCCCACAAAAACACUCCUCACGGACAGGCUAACUUUGCCAUCAAGGUUAACGAUCAUAACACCAUUGCGGCCAUGGGUGAUGGGCCACAUGUAGCCGAAAUGAUGUUCUUUGAAGAGGGUGGAAAAGUUCGUUAUAUACCGUGUGAAGCAAUGAUCAUGCUCUUAUUGACUCGCAGCCCAAGGUUUCCAACCCUCCACUCUGUCUAUACUGAGAAGGACAAGGUCGCGAUUGUCAUGUCCGCUUGUAUCGAUUACGAUACACUCCAACUCUCAAAGGGAAUGAAAGAGACGGACCAAGUCUGGGCCAUUGAAGGGGGCCAUCUCCGCACUCGUGAAAAGGAGCCAAGAUUGAAUGAGCUUCAGGCCUGCAAGGUGUCGACGCAGCUCUUGGAAGCAAUCGCUUACCUCCGUGAUAUGAACAUCACGUAUGACGACGUGUCUUAUCGCAAUUACCUCGUGGGCGAGAAUCUAGACACACAACUGAUCGAUUUUGGAAUAAUGGGCUUUGGGCUGGAUGAUCGUGACUUCCUGGAAAACUCCCACACCUACGUCUUUUGGCAAGAGUAUCUACUGCCUCCAGAGGUUGCAAUCGAAUUGCUGAAGCCACAAUGGCGCGUCCAUGUCAGAAACACAACACGUGGAAUCGCACAAGUCAAAUGCAGAAACGAUACACGUCAAACCGCACUCUGGAAUUAUGCUGUUGAGGUGUUUUGUUUGCUGCACGGAUACGCACCCUGGGAGGAUCCGGAAUGGGACGAUGAGAUUAGGACAGUUGGCGAGUUCGCUUGUAGGCUUAUCGAUGGCCGUUGGCAGGAGCCUCCCGAACUAUACGACGAAGGACCCCGUUGGGACGCAGCUUAUGCCAGACGGAAGCGAAUGAUUAACGAGGAAUUGGCUGUCCGGGAGGAUUUGUCGCAGGACUGCGUGGACGCGCUGCGAACGAUGCUCCAAAGGGACCCAAAGCAGCGACCAAGACUCAGCGAGCUGAUUUCGUUUCCUUGGUUCGGCCAAUGGGCUUAUCACGGUGACAAAUUGUUCAGGCGUCCAGAUAUACCUCGCGAGUAUUUCGUCUAG